CAGAAGCAAAAAAAUCAAGGCACUACAAUCAAAAUUAAUUUCAGUAUUCUCCUUCAGACAUUUUAUUAGAGCCAGCUAUGUAUCGCUACGAAAAGGAAAAGAAUAAAGAAAAACAAUACAAAAAUUGGACGCUCACUGUACAUCUAAGAACGUUGAUGGAUAAAGUCCCGCGCUUUCAGCAUCGCCGCCGCUUUUUCAACGUGGAGCGUAAUCGUUAGAUUCUUGAAAGACAAACGGAUAGGAAAAAACUUUAUCUCAAUGAUGUUGCUGGGCAUGAUGCGCACAGCAUAGCACGCCCUACAACUUGUGAAGAUGAAGGGUGUUUUAGUGUGCCGACCGUGUUUGUUUUUCCAUGGUACCAGGAAGGCGAAGGUCGGUCAUGGGUUUCUGUCUCCUGGGUAGCUACAAGUCGUGUUUUUUUCUUUUCGUCAUUGGGGGAACUGAAAUUGCAGAGCAAAUGGGCGGUCCAUGAGGAUUUCAAAAUCGUGUAUGUGCUUUCGAAAACUACAGGCAAGGUAGCAAAUACAUUCGUCGUUUUACUCGUUCUUGACGACGAAACAAAAGCAGGCACCCCUCAUCUUUUCGCGACCCCCACCAAACACGCCUCUUAAACCCCCAUAAAACUCCCUUUGUUUCUUUUCGCUUGACCUCGAAAUGUAAGUGAGCAGGAGCCUCCUGUGAAGCUGAAACAAAAUUCCGAAUCAAGUCGCGUAACGUAAAAAGCUGUACGUCUUGUUGCAUAAACCGUUGCUUUUUCAAGACAGAAAAGCCAAAGUCAACAAUGCUCCGUGACAAGUACCCCGCCCCCCGACGCGGCGCCCGGCCGCAAACUGGCACUUGUUUGCCCCACUGCCAAAUGACGGAAGAAUCCUCCGAGGCGAUAUUCAAGGAAUUCGUGGAAAGAGCGACAGAGAUGCUGCAGGGAAACGACAAGGACGCGCUCGACUACUGUGUCGAAGUGGGCCCAACGGGGAUCAGCGUCCCGUCUACUUUCCCGGCGUUUCACUGGAAUUCACGGACGAUGAGGCCAGCAGGUAAAGACGGUGGCAUGAACACGAUGAACACCAGGAAUUGUUUUAUGGUCGGUACCGAGUUCGCGCACAUCCACGCGAAGUACUUUGAAAAAGAUCCAUUAAGAAGCGCAAAACAAGACACCCGAGAGCGAGACCGCCCCUGGCAGGUGUGGCAAGGCGGGGGGUUAGGAUCAAUGCAUUUGACGCUGGAUCUCCAAGACGCGGAGGAGCUGAACCGCCUUGGGUGGACUGAAUUCCAUCUGCUAGCCGCGCAGAAGCACCCGGGAGUGCCGGCGGGGUUGGUGCUGGUUUACGCACCAAGGAAUGAGGAGGAGAUUGAGGUUUGUUUGAAGAUUUUACAAGCAAGUUUGGAUUUCGUGGUAGCGCAUUUUAGAUAAAGAUUUUAGGAUCGAGUUUAUUGAGGCUAAAAACGGUGGAAAAGAAAGGAACCAGCUGAACUCAACUUGUCUUCACCGCCUUUAGCUGCUGCUGCUGUAGUGCGCAGGUCUGUACGGUUCGGCUAUGACUUGUGCACGAGUAGUGCAAGAACCCGUGUUCAUCUUUUGUGGUGUGGCCACGUGGCCAGGUCGUCUCGUUUCGAUGCGUUUCGUCUACAGGACAGGAAAGACUUCUGAAUCUGAGUUCAACAAUGUUGAUUCAGACGAGCGGAGAGGCAGGAUAAAAUGUUG